CCAUGAUCCUAGUCAUGACGACCUAUGAAAACGGACUAUAUGAUAUAAAAAUACUAGCCCUUUCUAACGCUUUCUUUCAAUGUGUAUUUAGUAGUGCAUGAUUAAAUGGUACUUUUUAGCGGAAAUCAAAGAAGUAAAAUAUUUUUGUUGGUUUUACUUUUAGUUGCUCGGCAACCACACAACUUUGAGUUUGGCGCGGUUUAGCUAGUAGCAGUUGCAACAGGAACGGAAAAGGAGACGAGAUUAUUGUAAAGUGGACAAAGCGGAAUGCAGCCACCAUUUGGUUUCUUAAAUAGAUUGCGUGAACAAAGAGCCAUAUCGGUGACUUGAAUUGAGCUGCUAUGAAGUCCAGUGGUGCGAUAUUCAACAAAAGGAACCCAUUCCCCACAAAUCCUGCCUUACCCAAAACUCAUUACAACCCCUCUCUCAUCCAGAAACUUUCUAAGCAGCAGAAGAAAACGAGCCUAAGUCCAGUACGUCUACCUCAAGCACCCAGCCCACCUCUACCCUGCAGUGAUUCAAUCAGUGAGGAAGACCAGCAGUCCCUUGCAGCAUCCAGUUGUUUUCACCAUAGCCUCCCUCCCUCUAAGGGGCUGCAUUCCAGCUUCUCUGAGUCAUGGCCUUCUACUGACCGGCAGUCCUUCCCAGAAACUGAGGCUCCGGCAGGGGCUGUCCCCUCAGGAGCACCCCAGGUGUUUGCCGCAGCCAAAACUGAAGAGGAUUCUGUGUUGGCAAAGUAUAUUGAACGUUUUCAGCAUGGGAGGCCUCAGAGUCGAGAGGAGAGGAAACACUCAUUAACCAUGGAUGGCAGGCAGUCUUUCUGGUGGUUAACCUCAUCCCCUUCCCAGCCCACCUCCUCCCAGUCACAGUCCGUACAGCAAGAUGAAGAAACUGUGCUGGGUCCGGCUGAGCCCUGCCAGCUCAGUCCUCCUUGUCCACACCUCCUUGACCAUGAGCACACCAUCAUGUGUCUGUCAGAUUCAAACUGUGAUGCUGGAGAACCAGAGAUCCUGCAUUUACAAGAGAGGACCAGCAGGCUUCUGCAGAAAAGUGAACAGUCUCUCAGCAGUGGCUCUCUGCCUAUCAGCUCUGAAGGCCUCGGUUCAGACAUUUCCUCUGCAGUCAGUGUAGAUGAGCCAGUCCGAAAACCUGCACCUGCCACCACUAUUGACUUAACCAGUGGUGUAGCUCUCAGAGCUCAGGUCAAACCCUCUGUGAACCGCCUUUCUGCUUCCUGUCCUUGCCCAGAAGAUGACAUCCUGUUCCAGUGGCGACUACGCCGCAAGAUGGAACAGGCUAGCCAGUGGCCACUGCAAAAGCCUCGGGGUCAAGCUUCACAGCAGCCCAGCACAACACCUUACUUGACUCCUCAAGAGUCAACUCAUGGAGGCUUCCAGAUGCCUACAGCUACUCCAUCCCUCCCUAUUUCUAGUCCCAUAGUGACAAUGCUUCCCAGUGACCUCACCAUUCUACCCCGUAUGCAUCUUCUUUGCAAUAUGCAGCCCUGCUUACUUCAGCACCCACAGCUCACUGUCCAAAGAGGAAGUUUCGGAAAGCCUGUCUGUAAUCCAUCGCAAACCCAGGCUGAAUCCACUGAAUGCAGCCCUGAGACUGUCCCCAGCAAAAACUUCUCUUCUCUGCCUCCUGUGUCAUCUGACACUGCUGAGGAUGAGCAGGCACAUCCAGGAGCUAACACUAGGAGACUGAGGAAGGUGUCACAGGAAGUCCAGACUGAGCAAAAUCUGGAAUCCACAGUGCCAUCCUGCAACAAGAGAAACAUACCUAGACACACUAUAAAACCAUCUUCUAGACACCAUGCCAGAGGGGAAGGGGGACCACAGGCUGAUCAUAAAAUGGAAGCUCAGCUUGGGUGUGGUGCUACCAGUGACAGCAAAAGGCAAGAGGUGGUGACCUCAUGGCCACAGAAAUCCACCAGACGAGGAAGUAAAUCGGAAGGAAAUGAGGUAUCAAGAUGCAGGGAUCGUAAAGGCGACCAAACGCCACCACCAUCUCCCAUACACAGCACUCUAGGACAGGUGGUCUCGGAGGUACUUUUCUCAGCACCAGAUUCCCCUAUUGAAGUCAAGACUCUGGGCUUCUCCAGUUCGCCCAGAAGCACGCCUCCUGCACCUCCACAGUCUCCAGCAGCUGACACCAACAGAUUGCAGCCCCCUGAGGCCAUCGUCCAGCUGUUACGUGAGGCUGAAGACUCUGAUGGGCUGGAGUUUGAAGAUGACCCCUUGCUGCAAGUCCUAAGGCAGCAGAGGGAAUGGGUAAAAGAGCAGAUCAGUGAAAUUGAUGCAGUGUUGAAUGAUCUUCAAGAAACUGGCGAUGCCGAGGAAUGAACAAUCCAGAUAUGAAAUAUUUGUAUUUGUGCAUAAAUACAAUCACUUAUUUAAUAAAAUAAAGUUUACAACCA